GGACGAGGCCACCCCAGCCGUGGCCGGCAGGAAGAGCCCCAGCUACUCCUCACUGAGGCGGAGCGGGCAGAGGACUGAGCUCUGGACCCUGGAGCAGCUGCUCUCCUUAGAAGAAUGGGACGCCCUGUCCUGCAGCCCCUUGUGUACCUGCUCUGCCUCUGCUCCUCCCAGGCACUGGGCCAGGAGGGAGGCACCUGUCCAGAUGUGAAGAUCGUGGGUCUGGGGGCCCAGGACAAGAUGGCGAUCAUCCAAACUUGCCCUGGCUUUCCUGGCCCACCAGGGCCCAAAGGGGAGCCAGGCAGCCCUGGCGAGAGUGGAGACCGGGGACCCCCGGGCAGCCCGGGAAAGAGGGGGCCGGCCGGCAGCACAGGAGAGCCCGGAGCUACGGGGCCCCCGGGAGCCAAAGGAGAAAAAGGCGACAGUGGAGCUACAGCCUCGCUGGGGGCAGCGCUGAAGGACACACUGUGCCAGAGAGGGGCCCGGAGCUGCAAGGAUAUGCUGGUGCAGGGUGGCUUCCUGACCGGCUGGUAUACCGUCUACCUCCCGGACUGCCGGCCACUGCAGGUGCUGUGCGACAUGGAUGCGGACGGAGGGGGCUGGACCGUUUUCCAGCGGCGAGUGGAUGGCUCUGUGGAUUUCUUCCGGAACUGGGAAUCCUAUAAAAGAGGCUUUGGCAACCAGAACACAGAGUUCUGGCUGGGCAAUGACUACCUGCACCUACUCACCAGCAGAGGGAACCAGGAGCUGAGGAUCGACCUGCAGGGUUUUCAAGGUGAAGCCGUGUAUGCCAAAUACAGCCAAUUCCAGAUAUUGGGGGAAGAGGAGAAGUAUAAGCUGCUUCUGGGUGACUUUCUGGGGGGCACUGCAGGAGAUUCCCUGAUGAACCACAAAGACAUGCCCUUCACAACCCAGGACCAGGACAAUGACAUGCACAGUGAGAACUGUGCUGCUCUGUUCCGAGGGGGCUGGUGGUACAACAACUGCCAUCACUCCAACCUCAACGGGCGCUACCUGGCGGGCUCCCACGAGAGCUACGCCGAUGGCAUCAACUGGCUCACUGGCAGGGGCCACCGCUACUCCUACAAGGUGUGUGAGAUGAAGAUCCGGGAAGCCUAGGCUGCUUGCACCCACACCCUGACCCCCCCCCAUGCCCAGGCCAGGUGAGAACAUGGACAGAAGGCCACACAAAUCCAAAGCCCAUGCUCUCUGCAGUAUGCUGUCUGCUGUCUGUUCCUCCGGGAAUCUCUCCAGCGCAUGCACAGUGCAUGAGGGUCACUGCAUAGCUGGCACAAAUAAAAAUGAAAAGCAGGGCAUA